AUGGCGGACUGGUUGUCGCGGUACGCAGCGGAAGAUAAAGAGUGCGACGCAGAGAUCGAGGCAAUGGCUUUGGGCGGUAGAGUGAUAGGCCACGUGGGCCGACUGCUGGGGAGGCAUCAAGUGUCGGAAGGGGACUUUAUGAGAGAGUACCGGCAGCUGGAGCCGCAAGGAGUGCCUGGAGUGAAGAAGGAUGGCAAGUGGUGGCGUCAGGCCAUGACUGGCAAGGUGUACGUCUCGGAGCGACUGAGAGCGAAAGUGGUACUGAACUUCCACUAUGGCACCAGUGGGCACGCGGGAGUACUCAAGACGCGGAAGAGAGUAGCCAGCAUGUUCUACUGGCGGGACUUGCAGAGGACGUUGCGAAAGUGGUAA